AUGUCUCUAGUAACACCUUCAUCGUCCCAAUCAGGGAGUACCCCCGUGAAACCUUUCAAAGGAUUUGCGAAGGUGUUCAAUUCGCCACGCACCAUCUCACCAUCGAUCCCACUGCACGAUUUGUCAGAAAUCAUCGAAGAUGCAGUUCAGCAGGCAUUGAGUACUCAACUAAGAGAGCUAAUGGCUGCGAUGACCAAGCAGUGCUACAAACCCAUGCAUUCUUUGACGGCGGAAAUCAAAUCUUUGAAGACCUUCAUUGAGAAACGGCAAAAGCAUGCGCCAUUCCGCUCACUAGAUGCGAUUUUACUCAGAGUCGUGCUCAAACUGACCAUGGCUGACACUGAGAAGAUGUCGAAAACGAUACCCGCUACGAGACUGCAGAUGGUGCGGUCGCUAGGCUAUCCUUAUGACCAAGUCACAUCUAUCAGGCUAUACUCCAAUCUGAACGAGUUAGCUGUUUACACAGAUUCUUUUCCGAUACAGGAAGAGCUGAAGAAAAAGGAGAGCGUGGCGGCUAUGGCGGAUGCGCUUGGCCUUGAACACGAAUCAUCGAUCAAACUGGACACCUACUGGGUUGUCUUGCACGAAUACGACAUUCCAUCCGAUUAUCUGUGGAAUUGCAAGAAACAUCUCCAAGAGAUGAAAUCUCAGACGGGCCUCAACAUCAGUGAAGUUAAGUACUCGGGACAGAAACUCUUGUGGGGCUUCAGUACUCCUUCUGAGGCCAUACAGGCGUGCCAGAAACCUCUGUACUUUGCAGGAGACCACGCAAUAGCUAUGUGA